AUGGAUGAGUCUCUGGUUCUGAAGAAAUGUGGUUACAUAUUAGGCAGUACAUUAGGUGAUGGUUCAUAUGGAAAAGUCAAGUCCGCCUAUUCUGAAAGCCAAAACGCAAACGUGGCAGUUAAAAUCAUCAAUAGAAAAAAAGCAGCCGCUGAUUUCUUGGAAAAAUUCUUGCCACGAGAACUGGAAAUCCAAGCAAGCUUGAGCCAUUCAAACAUCGUGAAAAUUUUCAAAAUUUUCGAAACGUCAAAUGGGAAAGUAUUCAUCAUUAUGGAGCUCGGCGUACAGGGAGACCUACUGGAGUUUGUCAAAAGCCGGGGCGCUCUACCUGAAGAUUUCUCAAAAAAACUUUUUCGCCAGUUGUCCAUGGCAAUUAAAUUCCUCCAUGACCAAGACAUCGUCCACCGGGAUUUGAAGUGCGAGAAUUUACUCUUGGACAAAGACUUCAAUUUGAAAGUGUCAGAUUUUGGAUUUACACGACGGAUUACUUACGAUGACACCGGGAAGAUGGAACUAAGUAAAACUUUCUGUGGAUCUGCAGCUUAUGCAGCACCCGAGGUUUUGCAGGGCAUACCAUACAACUCCAAAAUGUAUGACGUGUGGAGCAUGGGCGUGAUUUUGUUUGUUAUGAUGUGUGGGUCCAUGCCUUACGAUGACUCAAACAUCAAAAGAAUGCUCAGAAUUCAAAAGGAGCAUCGGGUAGACUUUCCUCGAUCCAAACAGAUCCCAGGAGAAUGUAAAGACAUGAUCUACAAGACACUGCACCCAGAUGUCAAAAAACGACUGGACAUCUGUGCCAUCCUAGAACAUCACUGGUUAGGAAAGACAGGUGAGGUUAGCAGCAGACAUCACAAUGGGCCGGCCACAUCUAAACCAGCCUCCAGCAGCAAAGACAAGAAAAACGUGGAAGGGAAGGUGGAGACAGACAUCACUACAGACCCUGGCAAAGAGGACCACGCUGGACCCUCCUCGCCCAGGACUGAAGUAGCCUGUGUGACGUGA